GAUACAAACAGAAUUCAUUAACACUUCGCUUGAGAGUCACAGUGAUAAAUAAAAAUCACAAUAUUAGAUCGUUUUAAUUAAUGCUUACAAUACUUGCAAAUUCAGCAAACCUCGUCUCUUCGCAAAACAAAUACAUUUUAAUAUACCAUCUUCUGCCAUUUGAGAAACAACAGUAAUAUCUGAGCUAAGGAGUGGGAAUAACUUAAAUAACUUAAAGCUAAGUUACCAACAGUUAUCUUCCUCAGAUUUGCAAAAACAUCUGAACUGCUCUUCAAUAACAAAAGCAGCUGUGAGCAAGAGCCACAGUUCAAGGCCAAGACUACGGCUGCUGACCAACCAGCACUCACUGUCAACGAUGAGUAGUGAUUUUAUUUGGUCAUCGUCCUUACUGGUGGGUGCACGAAACAGUGAUUUAUCCCAAUCAGUCAAGCCCAUGUCUUGAACAGUUUCCUAUAACAUGUGAAACUGGACCAGGAAGCCCAUCUGGGCAUGCCAUGGGAUCCUCCUGCGUCUGGUAUGUAAUGGUAACAGCAGCACUUAGCUACACAGUAAGGUGGAAGGAUAAAUCAGCAGUUACCCUUCACAGACUGACGUGGUCAUUGCUCUGGAGUAUUUUUUGGAUUAUCCAGAUCAGUGUGUGCAUCUCAAGAGUAUUCAUAGCAACACAUUUCCCUCAUCAAGUUAUUCUCGGAGUAUUUGCUGGCAUUCUUGUGGCAGAAGCAUUUGAGCAUGCCCCUGCUAUUCAGACAGCAAGCUUGAGAAUGUACAUGAAGACAAACUUGUUUCUUUUCAUCUUUGCCCUUGGGUUUUAUCUAGUCCUCAAGCUUCUUGAUAUUGACUUGCUAUGGUCUGUUCCAAAGGCCAAGAAGUGGUGUGCCAAUCCAGACUGGAUAAACAUGGACACUACUCCAUUUGCUGGACUGGUGAGGAAUUUAGGUGCACUCUUUGGCUUAGGUCUUGGUAUUAAUUCUGAAAUGUUUAUCACAAGCUGUAAAGGUAAGAAUAGCUGUAAGAUAAGUUUCCGCAUAUUGUGUUUAGGUGCUUCUUUAGCAACACUGCAGCUGUAUAAUGUUGUUAAGAUACCUACUCAUAUUGAGUGUUUGUUCUACAUUCUCUCUUUUUGUAAGAGUGCAGCUAUGCCUCUCACUGUAGUUGCCUUGGUUCCGUACUGUGUCCACUCAUUAAUGAGAACAACUGAAAAGAAACUUAAUUAGAUAAGGUUUUGAAAUGGUUGGCAGUGUAAGGAUGGAUAUGAGCUGUUCAAGAACUCUCUGCAAAGACAGUUCUGCUAACUCGUUUUAAGAUGCCACUGCAUCUUUGAUGUGCUCCUGGUAAGUAGCCAGCGUAUCUAACAUCUGCAUGUUCAGGAGUGACUUCGGCAGCUCAAAAACAUUAAGUAGUUGCUGACUUUAUUCCUAGAAAUAUCGCAGUGAAGGAUACUGCAGUAUGGUUUUCUAACAAUACUCCGAGUCAUGCUGAAGUUUUAAAGUAUAAUUGGAUAGUUUUGUUUAGCUACUUGGUGGUCUUUUCGUUCUGUCCACAAACUAGACGGUGCUGCAGUUGUAUAUAGUGAUAUUCAAUAUAUAAUUUUUUUAUAGAGAUAUUGUGUGCUAAACUACUAGCUAAGGGUGUGACAGUAUUACACUACCUACAGCUGUACAGCUGGCCCUAUGCACUGUGAAAAGGCCAACAUAAUUGUAAGAAAAGUUUUCUAUAGGUUUAACUUAUUGAGCUUCCUCAGCAAAACAGCUUCUGAUUAGGCCAGAUGAGGAAAAACAUUUAAAUUUGUCUCAGUUAGACUCUGUAGAAUAUAUCAUUGCAUUACUGUGAUUUUGUCACUUUUACUUUUUAAAAAUGUCAUAUAAAUCAUGAAUGCUAAUGAUUACACCUUUGAUGUUGAAAAUGCAUGCGUAUGAUGUAGAAAAUACUUGAGUCCUCUACUACACAGAGCAACAAAUGAAGAAAGUUAUCAAUCACGAAAUUAUCUUGGCAUAUUCCCCCAAGAUUGUUGUUCGUGCUUCUGUACUGCAAAGGUAAAUUAGUCUAAUUCUCUCGGUUCAAGAGUCACAAGCCUGAAUCAGUUAGUGGUUGUGUAAAUCCAGAAAAUGAAAUUGCAGAGUAAAUCAUUGCAAGUUUAUAUUCUUGUAUGCUUAGUUUAUUUAAGCACAGAAGUAACUAAUAUUUUAAAUAUGUUUGUUAUAUAAAACCAAUGCUCUAAAUAUAUACAUGGUCAGAUACUUUCCCUUUUUAUUCUUUAUUUAGCACCUGUUGUUGCAUAUUCCCUUUCAGUGCACAAUAUCUAAGCACUACUUUCCUUAUAGUACUGAGUAUACGUGCAACGUAAGGUUAUAAUAUGGGUAAUUAAGGCUGUCUGUGUGCUAUCUGAUAACAACAAGGAUUAGAAGAUGUAAGCAUACUAUUGCUUUUGGACUUCCAAUUAGUGGGGGGAUGACAGAAAUUUGAAGAAUCUUAUUCAAUUAGGAAAACAAGGUGAAUAAUUUUGAGUUGGCCUUUGGGAAUGCACAUGAUACAAAUUACAGAAGCAAACAUAGAAUCAUUUAGGUUGGAAAUGACCUCUAAGAUCAUCUAGUCCAAUCUUUAACCUAGCAGUGCCAACACGAAACAGGCUGUAAUGAUUAAAACAGAUGGCCAAUAAUGCAGCUUCCUUACUCAUUUUCAGUUAAGGAUUAAAAAAAACAUGCUUCUUUAGGAAAAAUAGCACUUUGAUGUUGCUUAUGUGAUUUCACUAGGUUCUGAUAAAAGAAUGCUAUUACUGAAAUUGUGUGAAAGCUGAAAUUGUUUAUUUUCUGCUGCCUGGAAUUAAGAGAUGGAUCCUAAUGAAGUUUUCACCCUUCCAGCUUUAUUCAAGUUUCAGCAGUUGGUACAGUUGCACGGUUUUGUAAGAAACUCCAUGAUGGUGUGGCUUGUUACAAACCACCACACCACCCCCUGUAAGUUGCAGAAUGACUUUGCCGGUAACAAUCUAUCACUGCAAAUAAAGUUUUAAAUUUUAGUAUUGUAAUUUAGACUUUGUCUCCAAGUUCCCAGUUCCUAAAGGAAAGAGGCCCUUGUCCAGUAGACAAUACCCAGUAACUAACAUAUUCCAGAGAAACAUGCAGUAGACCUUAAAACAAACUGUUCCAGAUACGAGCUUUUGUCAGAAGGUAAUUCCAGAUCUUCAUUAUUCUUGAAUGAACUGUUGCUGUAUUUAUCAACUCUGCUUAAUAUAAACAAGUAGCUAAUUAAGGCUAAUUUUUUUUUUUUUUUUUUACUUUUACUGAAUAUACUUAUGGUAUUUAAAAAUACUUCCCAAAGGCAUUGUCAUGCCUUCUGAAAAACACAGAAAAC